AUGCUCACUCUCACGCGCACUUUCACGCACUCUCUCCUGUGCUCUCUCACACGCUCUCUCACGCGCUCUCAUGCGCCCUCUCGCGCUCUCUCACGCACUCUCUCACGCGCUCUCUCAAGGCACACUCUCAGGCACACUCUCACGCACUCUCUCUCGCGCUCUCUCUCGCGCAUUCUCACCACGUUCUCUCUCUCACGCGCACUCUCACGCGCUCUCUCACGCGCUCUAUCAAGGCGCACUCUUAGGGGCACUCUCAACCGCUCUCUUUCGCGCUCUUUUUCCCGCACGCUCACGCGCAUUCUCUCUCUUACGUCCUUCUCUCGCGCACUCUCACGCACAUUCUCUCUCUCAAACGCUCUCUCACGCGCAUUCUCUCUCUUACGUCCUUUCUUUCGCGCACUCUCACGCACAUUCUCUCCCUCAAACGCUCUCUCACGCGCAGCCUCACAUGCUCCCUCACACGCUCUCUCACGCGCUCUCACACGCGCUCUCUCACGCGCUCUCACACGCGUUCUCUCACCCGCUCUCUCAUGCGCACUCUCACGCGCUCUCUCACGCUCCCUCACGCGCUCCCUCGCGCACUCUCAGGCACACUCUCAUGCACUCCCUCUUGCGCUCUCUCUCGCGCACUCUCACCACAUUCUCUCUCUCGCGGACUAUCACACGCAUUCUCUCUCUCGCGCUCUCACGUGCACUCACACGCGCUCCCUCACGCGCUCUCUCAUGCUCACUCUCAUGCACACUUUCACGCACUCUCUCAUGUGCUCUCUCACGCGCUCUCUCACGCGCUCUCAUGCGCCCUCUCGCGCUCUCUCACGCACUCUCUCACGCGCUCUCAAGGCGCACUCUCAGGCACACUCUCACGCACUCUCUCUCUUGCGCGCUCUCUCUCUCUCGCAUUCUCACCGCGUUCUCUCUCUCACGCGCUCCCUCACGCGCUCCCUCACGCGCUCUCUCACGCGCUCUCUCACGCGCUCUCUCACGCGCUCUCUCACGCGCUCUCUCACGCACUCUCUCAUGUGCUCUCUCACGCGCUCUCACGCACUCGCUCUCUUGCGCUCUCUCACGCACUCUCUUGCGCUCGCUUACGCGCUCUCUCACGCGCUCUCUCACGCGCUCUCUCACACGCACCCUCACGCGCACCCUCACGCGCACCCUCACGCGCACCCUCACGUGCUCUCUCAUGCGCUCCCUCACGCGCUCUCUCAUGCGCUCCCUCACGCGCUCUCUCACGCGCUCUCCCACACGCUCUCAUAUGCGCACACGCUCUCCCUCGCGCUCCAUCUCUUUCUUCUUCGAAUGAAAACGGCGGAGAGGGAAGGAGAGGCGACGGCGAGGAGUGGGGAGAGGCGACCGCGGGGAGGAGGAGAGGCGACGGCGGGGAAGGAGGAGAUGCGACGGCGGGGAGGAGGAGAGGCGACGGCGGGGAGGAGGAGAGGCGACGGCGGGGAGGAGGGAGGCGACGGCGGGGAGGAGGGAGAGGCGACGGCGGGGGGAGAUGCGACGGAGGGAAGGAGGAUAGGCGACGGCGGGGAGGAGGGAGGCGACGGCGAGGAGGAGGGAGGCGACGGCGGGGAGGUAAGGGAGAGGAGAUGGCGGGGUGGAUGGGACGGAGUGAUUGUGAGGUGGGUUGGAGAGGUGUCAGCGGGUAGUGAGGGAGAGGAUACGGCUGGAUGGGAGCGAGAGCGACGGCCAGGUGGGAGAAGAACUGGCGAGAAGGGGUGGGGGGGAGGGGAGGAAAAGGAGUAG